AUGUCACAACCACAAGGUUUUCUUCAUCCGGAUUAUCCUUCUCAGUAUGUGUGUCGUCUCAAAAAGAGUUUGUAUGGCCUUAAACAGGCACCAAGAGCAUGGUUCUACAGAUUUAGCUCGUUUCUUCUUAAAUGUGGUUUCAAGAAGUGUGUUUCAGAUAAUUCAAUGUUUGUCAAGUCAACUGGUAGUGAUAUUCUUGUUCUCCUAUUAUAUGUUGAUUACAUAUUAUUAACUGGUAGUUCUUCUGUGCUUAUUUCUGAGAUUAUUACCUCCUUGAAGAAAGAAUUUGCAAUGAAAGAGUUAGGGGACUUAGCAUAUUUUCUUGGCAUUGAAAUUGUGAUACAUAGUGAUUUUAUAGUGUUAACUCAAAAGAAAUACACUUUAGAACUUCUUGAGAAAGCAAAUUUGUUGGAUUGUAAAGCUUGUGAUACUCCAGUUGUUAAGGCUAGUAGACUUUCUAUUCAUGAUGGAGUUAAGUUGGACAAUCCUUUUCAUUUCAUAACAUUGGUAGGUGCUCUGCAGUAUUUAACAGUCACUAGGCCAGAUAUAUGCUUUGCAGUGAAUUAUGUUUCACAAUUUAUGCAUUCUCCAUCUGAUUUACACUUGCAACUUGUUAAGAGAAUCUUGAGAUAUUUGAAAGGAACUGUUGGUCUGGGGAUUACUUUGAACAAAUGUGAUGUAACUAUCUUGAAGGCAUACACAGACUCUGACUGGGCAGGGUGUCCAGAUACUAGAAGGUCCAUUUCUGGCUUUGCUAUUUUUCUGGGUUCAAAUUUGGUGUCUUGGUCAUCUAAAAAGCAACCUACAAUUUCAAAAUCCUCUGCAGAAGCUAAAUAUAAAUGUCUUUCUGUUGCGUCAGCUGAAUUGCAGUGGCUUUCUUACUUAUUGAAUGAUUUACAUGUUGUUGUUAAAUCUGUGUUACUGUUAUGUGAUAACACAAGUGCUCUGGCUUUGGCAACUAAUCCCGUUUUUCAUGCCAGGACCAAGCACAUAGAAAUAUAA